UGAAGUUAAUAUAACGGUGUCCGACUGCAAUAUUUUUGCUUCCAACAGCCAAAACAGUGCUUCUGUGUCUUUAUAAAACAAUAGUUUCACACUUGCCAACACACUUAAAAUUCAAAAUGACCGAAGUGAUUGAACUGAAUGUUGGUGGCGUACAUUAUACCACCCUACUGGACACACUGCUGCAGGAGAAGUCCUCACGCCUACACGAACUAUUUAGUAAUCUAGAUGCGCUGGUGAAGGACAACAAAGGGCGCUAUUUCCUCGAUCGCGACGGCGUACUCUUCCGCUAUAUAUUGGACUAUAUGCGCGACAAGCAGCUCAGCCUGCCGGAGGGCUUCCGCGAACGACAGCGCCUGCAACGCGAAGCAGAACACUUCAAAUUGGCCGGCAUGUUGGAGAGUUUGCGCAGCGGCAGCGACAUACGUCCACCUGGCUGCAUCACAAUUGGCUAUCGUGGCAGCUUUCAAUUCGGCAAAGAUGGUCUGGCCGAUGUUAAGUUUCGCAAGCUAUCGCGCAUUCUCGUGUGUGGGCGGGUGGCGUUAUGUCGCGAGAUUUUCGGCGAUACCUUGAAUGAGUCACGCGAUCCCGAUCAUGGUGGUCCAGAUCGCUAUACAUCACGUUUCUUCCUCAAGCAUUGUUUUAUUGAGCAAGCUUUUGAUAUGCUGCAUGAGCGGGGCUUCCGUUUGGCGGGCAGCUGUGGUUCGGGCACAGCGGGCUCAGUGGCGGAACCCAAGCCGGGUGUAGAUACUGAGGAGAAUCGAUGGAAUCAUUAUAAUGAAUUUGUUUUUGUGAGAGAAUAAAAAGCUGUUGACGACGGUAGACGGGCGGUGGGUAGGCGUUAUGGUGCAUAAGCAACAGUCGGUCGUUUGUUUGGGCUUUGAAAGCCAAAAUAACUAAAUAAGUGAGUUCUAGGGAGAGCGUAUAUAUAUUUGAAACAUAGAAAACUGAUAAUGUGCAUGUAAGUAAGUUCCAUUGUAAUUAGUAUGUUAAGCGAAUAUAUGGAGAAAAAACUAUAUAUAUGAAAAGUAGAAUAAAAAUGCAAAACGCAUACCAUGUAAGCUUAGUAACUGCAGCAAAAAAUAACACAUACCUACAUAACGAAGGCUUAUAUUCAAUACCCUCUAUCUGAC